AUGCAGUCUGUUACUCGAACCGUAGUCCAUCAUGGGCUACGGAGGUCGCCAGUCACACGAAUACAUCGAAUACAACCCUCGAGAUCCUCCAAGUCUCUAGUGGAGAGCCAGAAUGCGAAGAAGACUGUGUUAUCUCAACUGAGAACGCGGCCGUUACGGACAUUGAGGUCUAUUCUCACACCAGCAGCAUUUGGCCAUACUCAGACGCGUGCUGCAUCCAUCUCAUCGCCUUUGCCUCAGCGAAACCGCGUCGUCCGCUUUCUCUACCGCACAGCAGCUUGGAGUGGCAUCUUUGUAUUCAUUUCAGGCGGUCUUAUCGCGGCCUUCUUCGCCUACGAUGCCACUACCUAUACCCAUCCAGAUGGAAAGCUGGAGAUCAAUGUCUCCGAAGCUGCCUUGUCCCCGAAAAGAGGUGGUCCGAAGAACCUGCCCAUAGCUGAGGUGCUUGUCGAUGACGACGACACGGAUGAUAGGCAGAUACAACGAUACAAGCCUAAAUUGGUUAUCCUUGGAACAGGCUGGGGAAGUGUGGCCAUGCUAAAGGAACUCAACCCCAACGACUACCAUGUCACAGUCGUCUCGCCCGAGAACUAUUUCCUCUUCACACCUAUGCUUCCUUCCGCCACCGUUGGUACCCUCGAAUUUCGUUCUCUGGUCGAGCCCAUUCGCAAGGUCGUGAGUCGAGUCAGAGGUCAUUUCUUGAAGGGUGAAGCCAUGGAUGUUGAGUUCUCUGAGAAAUUAGUUGAGAUCGCCGGCUUCGACGAAAAGGGCGACCGCCAGCACUUCUACCUACCCUAUGACAAGCUUAUCAUUAGCGUGGGCGCGACCACCAACCCUCAUGGCGUCAAAGGACUAGAGCACGUACACUUUCUGAAGACGAUAGAAGAUGCACGCAUGAUCAAGAGACGUGUACUGAACAACAUGGAAAAGGCUUGCUUGCCCACGACUUCCGACGAGGAACGGCGUCGGUUGCUGUCAUUCGUCAUAUCUGGAGGCGGUCCCACAGGCGUUGAGUUCGCUGCCGAACUCUACGAUAUGCUCAAUGAGGAUCUUCUCAGGUCUUUCCCUCGUAUCUUGAGGAACGAAGUCUCCGUUCACGUCAUCCAGUCAAGGUCGCAUAUUUUGAACACCUACGACGAAGCCCUGUCUGUUUACGCUGAGAAACGAUUUGAACAUGAUGCAGUCGAGGUCCUCACCAAUGCCCGUGUCAAAGAGGUGCAAGAGGACAAGAUUAUCUUCAGUCAGAAAGAUUCGGAGGGCAAGGUCAUUACAAAAGAAUUGCCUAUGGGUUUCUGCCUGUGGUCCACGGGAGUUUCUCAGACAAAAUUCAGUGAAACUCUCGCGGCCAAGUUAGGUGAUAACCAAAACAACAAGCACGCUCUUGAGACCGACACACAUCUACGACUCAUCGGUGCACCACUAGGAGAUGUCUACGCCAUUGGUGACUGCAGCACUGUUCAGAACAACGUUGCUGACAAUCUGGUAUACUUUCUUCGAGGCAUGGCUUGGGAAAAGGGAAAAGACCCAACAGAGAUGCGUAUCAGCUUCCCUCAGUGGCGCGAACUUGCCGGUAAGCUUCGUAAACGCUUUCCACAAGCAGCCAACCACUUAAAGCGACUGGACAAGCUUUUCGAGGCUUACGACAAGGACAAAUCCGGCACUCUUGACUUUGGUGAACUUCACGAACUCCUCAUGCAAAUCGACAGCAAGCUUACCUCCCUGCCUGCCACCGCUCAACGUGCCAACCAACAGGGUGUCUACCUUGGCAAGAAAUUCAACAAGAUCGCUCAGGCCGUUCCUGGUUUCAAGGCCAACGAGGUCGACUAUGGCGACCUUGACGACGCCGUCUACAAGGCCUUUGACUACCACCAUCUAGGUAGUCUCGCCUACGUUGGUAAUGCUGCCGUCUUUGAUUUCAACGGUCUCAGCUUUAGUGGAGGUCUAAUGGCUGUUUAUCUUUGGCGCUCUGUUUACUUUGCUCAGAGUAUUUGA